UAACUGUUGCACAGUUCAUGGACGGUUAUCGGCAUUUGGGACGGUUGUUGUUGCUUCUGUAAGGCGGUUGCCUGUGUCACCAAGCAGACGUGUGCAAGUCUAGAAGCAGCGCGAUACAAGCUAUCUUCCCACCGUGAGACGAGAUGCGGCGCGGCCACUGAGCGGCGCGCGAGUCCGCAGCCAUGCCGCGCUACACGUGCAAGCGGCCGCCGCCGGCGCCCACCUCCUCAAUCCAGUUUGAUGCCGGCGUCUCUGACCGCAAGCCGACGGCGGCCAAGUCGGCCGGCACGCUCGGCCGCUGGGGCGUCACCAGCUUCACCUCCAUCCGCAGCAGCAUCGUCAAUGGCUCUGGCGCGCCGGGCGAGGCGGACCCCGUCGACGGUCGUCCGGCGUCGCCGCCGCCGGCGCACGCCGACCCGUUCUCGUUCGAGUCGACCACGCCCGGGGGCGCGGCCGCGCCCGUUCGCAAGGUGAAGAAGUUCUUCAAGUCCCGCAACGCGCCGGCCGUGCAGGAGGAGCCGGAGAGCAAGCGGUUCUUCAGCUCGCCGGCCGUGACGCGCCUGCCGCCGCUGAAGCUGCGCAUCUCGCGCGACAAGGACACCGGCGACCUGACGGCACGGUGUUGA